AUGAGUGAGCCCUUGCGGGAGCACGGCUCGGCCGCUCUCGCACCCGAGCGGGGCGUGAUUGGCUGCCCUCUGCCGCGCCAUCGGCAGAACCCUGGGCACCGUUUCGCCACGCUGGGGCCGAGAGGCACCCGGGAUUGUAAGCAGCGCGUCAAGACGGCCGAGGAGCUGCGGGGGAGACCGACUCAAAAAGGCCAGCGGCGCAGCCGGAGUCGAAGCCGGAGCCGAGCACGGAGGCCACGUUGGUUCGAGGAGGAAGACUCGGACCAGGGCCAGGGCGGCAGUGGCAGCGGACACAAAUCACGGAGCCAAAGCCGCAACCGGAGCAGGCACCAGAGUCGAGGCGCCAUCAAGGACGAAUCCUACCCUCCCUUGGCGAAGCAGACCGGCGGCCCGGGCCAGCGGCAGGGGCAGCAGCAGCAACUGCAGAAGAAGAGCAGCGGAGUCAAGGACACCACGGACCAGUCGAUGGACCUGUAG